AUGGGUGUGAUGUGCACAGGUCUGCGGGUGAGCCUAGAACUUGAACUUGAGAGUUGCCGUGCAACAUGGCAAGCCAACCUGCUGCGGAGCCCCCACACCCCCGGUGUGGAGGCUGGCCAGAACAAGGCUUUAUUGCAAACGCUGGGUUUUAUUUUGCUUGUCAAGUGGCUGAGCUGGCGGCGAAGGCUCUUGUGGCAGGAGGGACAGCUUCCCCUGGGGUGGGGUGUCGCGAAUAACGGCUCCCUGGUUUGGUGCCAGAAUCACAAGCAAUGUUCGAAGUGCCUGGAGCCGUGCAAGGAACCAGGGGACCUACGGAAACACCAGUGUCAAAGUUUCUGCGAGCCUCUGUUCCCCAAGAAGAACUACGAGUGCCUAACCAGCUGCGAGUUCCUCCAGUACGUCCUGCUGGUGAAGCAGGGGGACUGCCCGGCCCCCGAGAGGGCCAGUGGGUUUGCGGCCGCCUGCGUGGAGAGCUGCGAUGUGGACCUCGAGUGCUCGGGCGUCAAGAAGUGCUGCUCCAACGGCUGCGGUCACACCUGCCAGGUGCCCAAGACACUCUACAAAGGGGUCCCCUUGAAGCCCAGGAAGGAAUUACGGUUUACCGAGCACCAGUCGGGGCAGCUGGAGGUGAAGUGGUCCUCGAAAUUCAACGUGUCCAUUGAGCCCGUCAUCUACGUGGUGCAAAGAAGAUGGAAUCACGGCAUCCACCCCAGCGAGGACGAUGCCACUCAGUGGCAGACGGUGGCCCAGACCACGGACGAGCGGGUUCAGAUGACCGACAUAAGACCCAGCAGGUGGUACCAGUUCCGAGUGGCGGCCGUCAACGUGCACGGGACUCGGGGUUUCACGGCACCCAGCAAACACUUCCGCUCUUCCAAAGAUCCGUCGGCACCGCCAGCCCCCGCUAACCUCCAACUGGCCAACUCCACCGUCAACAGUGACGGGACCGUGACGGUGACCAUUGCCUGGGACCUCCCGGAGGAGCCAGAUAUCCCCGUGCACCACUACAAGGUGUUUUGGAGCUGGACGGUCAGCAACAAGUCCCUUGUCCCCACCAAGAAGAAGCGGAGGAAAACCACAGACGGGCUCCAGAAUUUCGUGGUCCUGGAGAGACUUCAGCCAGAUUACGACUACACCGUGGAACUGCAGGCCAUCACAUACUGGGGGCAGACCCGCCUCAAGAGCGCCAAGGUGUCCCUUCGCUUCACGUCCCCACACCCCACCAGUUACAAAGAGCAGGUUGGGAAACCUAGCAAAGCUGGGAUCCAAACACAGCCCCCCUUCCAAAGAAGACGGCCCCCGCGCCCCCUGGAAAUCGGAGCUCCUUUCUACCAAGACAACCGGCUGCAAGUCAAGGUCUACUGGAAAAAGACAGAAGAUCCCAGCAUCAACAGAUACCACGUGCAGUGGUUUCCGGAGGUGUGUGCCCACAACCAAACGGCCGGAUCGGAGACAUCAUCUGCCGUGACCCACGAAAAUCACAUCAUUCUUCAGGACCUGUCCUUUUCCUGCAAAUAUAAGGUGAGCGUCCAACCUCUCCGGCCCAAGAGCCACUCGAAGGCAGAGACCAUUUUCUUCUCCACCCCGCCGUGCUCUGCCCUGAAGGGGAAAAGCCACAAGCACGUUAAUUGUCCCGGUGACGCAGGUCCCGUUGGGUCCAAAGUCCUGGCCAAGCCAGAGAACCUUUCCGCCUCCUUCGUGGUCCAAGACGUCAACAUCACGGGGCACUUUUCCUGGAAGAUGACCAAGGCCCACCUCUACCAGCCCAUGACGGGGUUCCAAGUGACGUGGGCGGAGGUCACCACGGAGAGCAGGCAGAACAGUCUGCCCAACAGCAUCAUCUCCCAGUCCCAGAUCCUGCCUUCAGACCAUCACGUGCUCACGGUGCCCAACCUGAGGCCAUCCACCCUUUACCGGCUGGAAGUUCAAGUGCUGACCACCGGAGGAGAAGGGCCGGCCACCAUCAAGACCUUCCGCACGCCAGGCCUGCCGCCCUCGGCUGCCCACAGACCCCACCUGAAACACCCUCACCUGCAUCAUUACAAGCCUUCUCCAGAAAGGUACUGAACUGCUCCAAGGCUUGGAGGGACCGGGGACAUGGCCACGUCCCCCCGCCACCCACCCCCAAAGAAGAGGCAGGUACUUCUGCGAGACCUUCGUCUCCCGGGCAAUUCUGUGCACCUCUGCUAGCCCCAGCUGCUCCUGGAACAGUGCAGUCAGUCCCCAGGACGGACAAGAGUUCCCUCAUGAAAACCAGACCAGGUCCAGUCAACCCUGAAUUUCAGUCUUGUCGACGGUUUUGCUCAUCUCGAUGGACUAUUUGCAGACUCGAGAUCUCCCUGAAUUUGGAACAGUAAAAUAUCAAAGCUGAGGACUGGGACCGGGACCCGGUUCACAUGCAUAUCCCACAUACCUUGAGUCCACAGAUCAGACUUGAUUAAAUUAUUGUUUUGAUUGACAAGCCUUUGGGCCUGACGUCUCCAAUCUUUCAUAAGAGCCUUUUUUAUCAUGGAUGGGUGGUUUUUAACUCACAGACUUUGUACUCUGAAUUACACUCCUAAAUUCGAAUCUAAAAAUGGUCCCGCAUUAAGCGUAUCAGGUUUCUUUUUACACAAAGAAUACUGACGAUCCAGUCUGUGACUUAUUAUUAACCAGACACCACAAAGCAGAGGAACUCAAUGGAUUAAGAUGCUUCCUAGAUUUUUUUUUGCCUUGGAACAAUGAAAAUUCUUUCUCGAGGACACCUUUUAGUAGUUCGCCCAUUGUGGGAGAUUUUCCUGGUGUGUUAACUUAUUUAUUUUGUUAGUGCAGAAAACCACCAUUAAUCUGCUUUGUUUCACUGUCAAGAAAUUACAAAACGUCUUGCUUCAAAUGAAAAGACUGAACCCGUGAGCGUUUUUGAAAGACCUUUAACCGAGUUUGUGUCUUUUCUGAAUCUGAGGGAGCUCAUUUGCACGUGAGAAUGUUCUCCAUGAAGUAAAAGAUAAAUAAAUAAAUAAGCCUUUGAUUGAUAAGAACAAAAGGAUGAUUGUUUCCCUUUCACUAACCUUUACUUUCUCAAAUCUAUUAAAUCUCUUUUGAUUGCAAAAUCUACUCGACUCCAGACCUUCCCCGAGUACAAGGAACUCAAGUCAUGAGACGUCAUCAAGGUCACGGUGGUGCAGAGUUUGGGGGGCGGAGGGGGCAACCUGAAACACAGAACUAUUUGAGUUGAGGGAACACGCACAUCCGUGGUUUAAGAUGUGCAUAGAUGUGCGUCUCUGCAGCACCAGUGUGUGUGUGUGCUCAUCUAUGUCUGUGCAUAUGUCCGUGGGACGAUGUACUCCUACACGAAAUUACCCAGGUACUGACCCCUACAGGAAAAUAACCAGAGCAUGCAUUCGCUAUCCCCAACUAGGAUGGAUUCUAGGGUCAUCACCAGCAUCUGAAUUUCAAUCUCUUAAGAUUUCAAAAACACUGAAACCGUUAACGAUUGGCCACGUGCAUGUCUUUUUACCUAAACCUGUCACGAAACAAGUCAAAAUACGUGUGCCAGCAGAGUUUGGUACUUUUGUAGAGUUAAAAAUGCAGGAGAGUAUGUGCAUAGAUACAAAAAUAUUAUUAAAUUAUUGUGUAAAUUUAAUGCUAUAAAAUUUAAUCGUGCUUCUUUUGUCUGGGGAGGAGACCUCGAGCAAAUAUAUUUUCAGUUCAGAUGAUGAAUCUGAAUCUAACAUCAUCCUUAAGAAAUCCAAAACAGCUUUUAUGAGAGUCUAAUUUUGUUAUGUUACUCAGAUUUUUAAAUUUUAAUAGUGUUACUGGAAGGAAAACACUGUUAAUGAAGUUGUAAAAGAAAUAUGCUUCUUUUUUUGAAUUUUAGUAAUCCCCAGUAAUAAUCAAAUCAUCAAAAAUCGUUAAGUUUUUUUUUGAAUUUUAGAAAUGUGAGUGCCCUAACAAAAGUGACAAAAAUCUAUUCGUUUUUCUUUUCCCAAAAUAAGAUACCAUUUUAGUUCAUCAUUUUUGAAUGUGUUUUAUUGAAAUUAGAUGCAUUUCUCUCCAAUGAGAAAAGUAGAAAUCCAAUGAUUAAAAAAAUCGAGUUCAUCAAUAAUAUCCCCCCACCAGAUACAGAUUCACUCCUUAGUGAUGAAUUUUUCUGUGCCCACAUCUUUUUCUAAGUGGAAUUUCAUGGAAAGGAUUUUUACAAACUACCGUGUGUCCUUUAAAUAGCUCGUUACGGCAUAUGGCGUAUUAAAGAGAAUAAAGUUUAUGACACGUAUUUUGGAAAUGCUUAUUAAGUAAUACUUUCAGAUUAAAAACACACCCAAAUCCUAGAAAUACCCUGCUCCCGACACCCACAUGAACGGACUCAAAUCGAUCAGGAUUUCUCAAAUGUAGCACUUUUAAAUUGAGGCUGCAGACGUCUUUGCUGUAGGGAGCUAUGCAUUGCAGGGUGAUUUCCUGUCCCCCCAGGGGGCACGAGAAGACCCCAUGGAGAACUGGUGCUCGAGAGUGAUCUUUACUGAAAAGAUGAGAAUUUGCCCUUUAUAAGAAACCCAAUCAUUGGCAGGAGAAAAGCCCCAGGAACUGUGGGUUAGCCAAGAAACGAAUAGACUCUAAUUUUGUUCCUACAUCCCGUGCAAAAUGUAGUUUCCAGACUGAAUUUCAGCUUGUGUCUGCAUCCUGCAAGAGCACAUAUUCAUCUUGCCCCAUGUAUCAGCAAAUGCCACGUACAAUACUGACUUAUUUAUGUCCUUUAUUACUCUGUGUCCACCGUGUUUCAAAUUCACACACCCCCAUAAUGGCAAAUAACACUAAAUCUUAAUAAAUGAGGAUUUACACCAUAACCAGAGCACCAAGGCUAAGUAUCUGCAUGUUCCUGAAACUUCAUCUUGAAAUGUAAAGGGAUCCGUGCAGACGUGCACUCUCACCUGUGAUUUUGCAUGACCACGGUCGGUUUCCUGUGAGGCUUGGACCCGCCUGACUGUGUUACCUCUGCUGAAUAUUUUAGCAACUUAUCCAGUUUAUAGAGUGAUUAACUGAGUUCUCUAUAAAGCUAUUAUUUUUUCUCCUCUUUAACUAUAUCGUAGUUUGCAGAUAACAGAGCUGUUACCCUCUCACCCCAAAAGGUCUGUGGAAGUCAUGUCGCUUCUCGCACGGUCAUUGAAAGUCAGUAUUUAUUUAUGUGUGUAAUAAAAAAACAGUCGGAUUUCUGUGUAUGUCUGUCGUGUUAUUUAGAGAGAAGUAACCUUGUAAAAAACGUUUUGUAAAAAGAAAAAACAAGGAAGUAUUGUACAUAGCCUGAUAUUCCAUGACUCGCGUGAUUUUCCCGUUAGAGUUUGUACAUACUGAUUCAGUAAUAAAGCAUCUUUAAACCCGU